GGGGCGGCAGGGCAAGCGGGCCCAUGGCGUCUCUGGGCGGCCCCCUAGGCCUCCUGCUCUGGCUCCUGCUCCUUGAACCUCGGCUCGGUGAGGGUUACAGCCCCAGCAAGGAAUCUGCAAUGACACCCGCAAGCCCAGAGGCGCCACCAGGGCCACCAGGGUCCCUGGAGUCCCCGCAGAUGCUAAUAUCCACUGCAGCUCCGGGGCCUCUCACACUCACAGUGGAGUCCAGCCAGGCCGCUGUAUUUGGAACCUUCUCUCCUCAAGUGAGCCAACCAGGAUGCGGCCAGAGGUCUAUGAGGAUAGCCGGCGGACUGCCCGCCUCAGACAAGAAGUGGCCCUGGCAGGUGAGCCUGCAGGUCAGGGACAGACACAUAUGCGGAGGAUCCCUCAUUGCCAGUCGGUGGGUGCUGACCGCCGCCCACUGCAUAAUUGGCCACGAGGAAUAUACAGUGAGGCUGGGAGACACACUGUUAUAUUCUCAUUCCAAGACAACCCUGGUGGUCCCGGUGGAAGACAUCGUUUGCCACCACUAUUAUGAUGCUAAAACUUUGAGACAUGACAUCGCCCUGGUUUUGCUGUCCUUCUCCGUGAAUUACUCCUCAUACAUCCAGCCUGUGUGUCUCCCCGAAAGGGCUUUCCACGUGGAAAGUGGGACGGAGUGCUGGGUGGCAGGCUGGGGCCAACUGGCAGGAGGUGAGACUGCCCCAGUGUCAGUUCAUCUUCAGGAGACCAAGCAACUCAUUCUUCACUACAAGAAAUGUAACCAGAUAUUGCUGACACGCUUAGGGUCACUUCGCAAUCUAGUGAAAAAAGGGAUGAUCUGUGGCUAUCAAGACGGGAAGAGUCUCUGCAAGGGAGACUCUGGAGGGCCCCUGGUCUGUGAACUUAAUGCAACAUGGGUCCAGGUGGGAAUCGUGAGCUGGGGCAUUGGCUGCGGUCGCAAAAAUUAUCCUGGAGUUUAUACAGAAGUUAGUUUCUACAAGGAUUGGGUCAUUGGUCAGUUGAGUCAGGCUCGCUCUUGGGACUCAGCAGGCUUCCUCCCACUUCUGUGCCUGCUGCUGCCCCUGGGCGUCCUGGUGGCCCCGUGAUCACCCCGGCCUACCCCCCUCCUGUUGCCGAGUCUCGCCUGGGCCUCUCCUCCGACCUCCCACUCCUACUCAAAUGCCCUCUCCCCCAGUUCUGGUUGGCACCCAGUGACCCUGUAGAGAGCCACACAGUAAGAGCGGCAGCAAGGCUGGAGCCCCGGAAGUGUCUCAGCCAGAUGCCCCAGUCACCUAGGUCGGCCACAUGCACACCUUGGCUGUGCCCUGCCUGUCUGGAAGGAGGGAGGUCAAGCAUCCCAGCCUGAGAGCCAGCUGACUGGCCAGCUGAAGCCCGGGGCUUCCUUGCCAUCUCAGACAGCCCCUGCCCGAGAAGACAUCACGCCAGGAGCAGGGAGACAGCAUUGGACCUGGGUGUGGUCUCAGGCUGUCACCUGAGACUCUGACAAAGCGGUCAGCUUGCUGAUGGUGCAGAGAGAGGGAGGAGGCGUCACCAGGUCCCUGCUGAGGUGUGAGGCCCGGGGUUUCCACAUCUGCUGGGGUGUCUGGGGCUGGGAGACUUUUCCCUACAGCCAGCGUGGAUCCAGCCGUGCGUGGCCAGCCUGUGCCACACAGGCCCUCCUGGGGCAGCCCCGUGAUGGGGUCCCCUUCCUCAGUCCCUAGUGGCCCCAUCCAGGCUCAGCCCAAGUUGUG